AUGAUGGGAAUCAAGAAGCAACGCACAUUCAGCGUUAACAACGUGGAAUCCACAGAAAAGCGUGUUACGCAGACGCCAAUCGCUGAUGAGCCAUACCCAGAGAGCAGCAACCGAGCCUCAGUAACUCCGAGCAUCUGCGUUACGAAUCCGACUACCCGCGGCAACAAGCGUACAACAUUCAUGAUCCAUCAAGGCCGUUCUGCUACGCCACCACCUCCAGAGCGCAUAGUCCCUCGAAUUGCCCAUCCGCCUGUCAACGCAGUUCUCUCCCCGACCUAUACAGCGGUAACAUCUGUCCGGACUAUGUCUGUCGCACCGAGCGCUGUUGCAAGCUCUGUUGCCUCCGGCGAGUUCCCUGGUCAAGUCAAUCCAAUUCGCGUAGCAUCUCGGAAUGACAGACGACUGACAGCACAGCACCUCAAUCAAGUCGAUGGCAUUAGUAGUGGAAACUCUAGACGUCUGACAGCCAGCUUCAGAAAAUCGCAGAUCCCAGACCGCCCACCGACGCUCAACGUCCUCCCGUAUCGAGCACCAUUGGCUUCAGGGCCAUUCGAGAGACCUGCAAAUGAGUAUGUCUCGGAUCACGAUCGCCGUAACCACCAGAACAGACUCGCUUCGGCUUUUUCGAUCGACACAUCCAUCACUGAUGUCGAGCAGGAUACAGCAGACGCUCGCAAUGCUGCAGCCGCGGCGUUAGAGGGCAAAGACACUUCUCCUCCUCCUCCUCGCAAAGACUCUAUACCGGAGUACUUGGACAAAGUCAGAGAUACUACACAUACCGCGCCUGCAUCUUCUAACCCGUCACAGGCUCCAAAGGGCAAGCACGCUGCAGCACCUCAUGUUCAGCAGAAUCUCGAGACCGCUAGACAGGCAUCGACACCCGCUUUUGCUGCACCCGCGCUGCUCGUUGAGCCAGUUUCAACGCAUGCUCACAGCAGCCAGCGAUACACCGCAUACAAUCCCCUCGACGCACCCAGGGUUCUGACACAACAAGCACCUGACGCCAUCAAACUGCCCACUCGUCUUCCUCCAGCCGACGCCCGUCACAGCCGUCGCCAUACUCGUCUGUACCAAAGAGUAGAGCAAGCCAACUUCGACACGCAGUCACAGAGCAGCAAUGGCAGCCUGAUGGAAUCUCCCUACAGACUCUCAGCCAGACCGGAUCCUCUUCGAUCUUCUGCUGCUCCUUCAAAUGCUUCGACCUGGGCAACAACGAAUGCUGGCGAUCAAACUUCCCGCGCUUCUGCUGCCUCGGAAGCCUCAUCACAAUGGGAGACGGAAGGUAGCAGCACACCACGCAUGAACCAAACCUUCAGCUUCAUCCAUCCUCGAAACCCACCUCCGGUCCCAACUCGAGCCCCAGCCCCAGCCCCAGCAUUCCCACCUCCCCACAAUCUCCCAACUCCUCCAACUCCACACCCUCAAUCUCCAAAAGUCACUCCGGAAUCUAUGACCUCGCCACCUACGAACGCAGCUCAAGCUGGUAGGGUGGCGAUGAGGAGACAUUCCAUUGACCACGCUGUUGCUGAAAGUCAACAUCACUGCGCCGGUUGCAAUUGUGCGGGUCAUCAACAACAGCAGCAGCGAAGAGCGCCGUUGAUGGGUUUCUUGACGCCUGAGAGAAAGAGGAAGAUUGUGGCUGCGAUUACGAAGGAGGAGUACAGGAGGAGGCCUCGGAAUGAUGAAGAGAAGAAGUAG